AUGUUCUACAGCCUUCUUAUCAAAAUUAACCACCAGGCGGACAAGCGAAGAGGAAACUAUAAAGAAGAGUCUCACUCCGAGAGUACCUCAAGACAGAGGCCCUGUGGAAAGAAAAUAAUGAACCCAGACCUGGAGAGUGUCAGAACGCAGCACCCCACUGCGGAGGACCAAGAAAACAUCCUGAAUUGGGAGCAUUUCAGCCUUCAUCAGAGGACUCCACAGAAGGGACUCGAGAAGUCAAAUAACAGGGAGGGCUCGAAGCAGCAACGGACCACCUGGCAGGGUUUCAGGACUAGCCAUAGAAGAGAAAAGAAAAGAAAAAGAGAACAAGAGAAAGACAUGGAAAAGAAACAUAUACAAGGAGAACACGAAUACAGAGAAUCGCCCCCCAGCAGGAGUAAGCACAGGUCUACCCCAGAGGAGGAGGUUCAGAGAAGAAAGAGACCCAAGAAACAGGACGUGAACAAAGGCAAGGACAGAGAGGAACACCUGGACAUCCACAAACAUCACCUAGAAAAGAAACCCACAGGAGCUAGAUGUAAGGAGGGGCCUCAACAAACAAAACUUCACGACUUCCAGAGAAGGUCCUACCCCCAUCAAGAAUUCCACAGGAAAGGAAUGGAAACCCCAAAACCAAUGGCACAAACAAAAUUGGCAACAGAGAAACCUCACAGAGAAGGGCAUAUAACACAGCCGAUAUGA